AUGUCCUUCACGAGACUUUUACCUGAAAAUGAUGAUGAUGAUAAUAAUAAUAAUCAAACAGAUUUAUCAUCAGGAACGGGCGUGAUUGUAAAAGAUGUUGUUCCUCGUUCAAUGAAUGAUAUUAACGAUUGUUCAUGUAUAUGUUCAUGUUGUCCAACUGUGUCCGACUGGUGUAUAAAAGAUGCUCUUGGUUUAUCGUGUGGUGUUAUGACAUGGAUUCUCUUUGUAUAUGCGGAAUUCGUAUUUGUUUUUGUUAUUUUAACAACAAAAAGUUUUUCAUCAUUAUUUUACUUCAUAAAUUUUUUAAUCUUUCAUUGCCUGCAAUUUCUUGCCAUUUCAUCCCAUUUACGAACGAUGUUUUCAAAUCCAGGUGCUGUACCAUUGAAAAAUGCUACGCCAGAAAAUCUACUUAAAUAUGAACAUGGUGCAACUGUCUAUCGAUGUGCUAUGUGCCAAAGUAUAAAACCACCUAGAGCACAUCAUUGUAGUAUUUGCAAACGAUGCAUAAAACGAAUGGAUCAUCAUUGUGUAUUUGUUAAUAAUUGUGUUGGACAAAAUAAUCAAAAAUAUUUUAUUUUAUUCACGCUUUAUACGAGUAUCUUAUCAGUCUAUGGAUUAGUUAUCAUUGGUAUUCAUCUAACUAGGUGUAUCUCGUCGAAUUGGGCUGAUUGUCCUGUUUGGUCACCACCACUCUCGAUAAUUCUCGCGAUAUCUCUUGGUUUAGAAGGAUUAGCUUUCUCAACAUUUACUGGGAUCAUGUUCUUUUCACAAUUAUAUUCCAUAUAUAGUGAUACAAACCAAAUUGAAUCAUUUAAAAGAGUAUCCAAUUUACGUCGAGAAGAAAAGUCGCUUAUAGAAUCAUUAAAAAUAGUUUUUGGAUCAAAAAUUGGUUUAACAUGGCUAAAUCCGUUUUCAGUACCAAUCGAUGUAAUUACUCAAAACGAUGAACGUAUAACAUUUGAUGUUUAA